AUGCCUCUCACAACAGAAACCGCUAAGAAUCCCACCCUCCAAAUCACAAUCCUCGGCGCCGGCAUCGCCGGCCUAACCUGUGCCCUCGCCCUCCGCCACACCAACCCCUCGGCCAAAAUCCUCCUCCUCGAAAAAUCCGCUUUCGAAAAGCACAAAGAGACGGGCGCAGCCCUCUACCUCGCACCCAACUGUUCCGACCAUUUACUUCGUUUAGGGUGGCACCCUCGAACUUCGGGGUCGAAUCAAUGCGAAGGUUUUCUUUCCGUCGACGGGAUGACUGGGGAUGUGCUGAAGGAGAUGGAUCUUGGGUUUGCGGAUGAGAAGUGGAGGGGAAGGGAUGAUGGGAGGGUGAGGCCUUGGGUUUUGAGUCAUAGGGUUGAUUUGCAUCGGGAGUUGAGGAGGUUGGUUACUGAUGAUACGGGGGAGGUGCCGGGGAAUGCGGCGGUUUUGUGUUGUGGGGUUUUUGUGAAGGGGGUGGAUGUUGAGAGUGGGAUGGUGGAGUUGGGAGAUGGGAGGAGGUUUUGCAGUGAUGUUGUGAUUGGUGCCGAUGGGAAUGCGUCGAGUAGUCGGGGAUUUGUCGAUCCAGGUGCGAGGUUGAAGUCUUGUAACAGGAGUUGUUAUCGGUUUCUUGUCGAACGUCGGAAACUCCUUGAUGAUCCGGAGACUAGGAUGUUGGUGGAAAAGAAUGGGUACUUCGCAGACGUGACGGCGCCGGAUCGCAAGUUCGUUAUCUAUCCUUGCCGUGAGAAUCAGUUCGUCAACUUCGCUUGCUUUUGUCCGGAUGACAUUGAAGGGACUGGGAAUGAUUGGGAUCAGAUGGGCUCGAAGGCAAAGCUGGAAAAGUCUUUCGAGAGUUUCUGGCCACCCGCUCGGAAGGCGUUGAGUUAUGCCGGCGAUGAUCUGAAGGUCUGGCAAAUGAUGGAUGCGGAGCCUCUCGAGAGUUUUGUCCGUGGACGACUGGCUUUGAUUGGUGAUGCAGCUCAUCCAUUCUUGCCAUUUCUUGGGCAAGGCGCGGCGCAAGCUAUGGAAGACGGCGUUUCCAUCGCUGUGCUCCUCCAGCAAGGCACCAAGUCUGCCGAAAUCUUGCCCCUUGUACAGCUGUAUGACCAGAUUAGGAGGGAACGAGUCCAUUAUAUACAGGAGAAGACCCGUAUGAACGGUCGGGAUGAGGGUAAAGGUCGAUUGACGCCGGAUGAGCUCUUCGGGGUGCUUGAUUUCUGCUAUGUUCACGACGAGUGGGCGAAUACAGACAAGCACUUGGCAGCUUGGCGAGAGAGAGAGGAGAAGAGCUAG